AUGCCCUUCGUUCGCCGUCACGUAACAAGGCGCCUCAAGGCCGCAAAGUCAGAGUGCGACAAGGAGCUCCAGCGCGUCACCAACAGCAUCACCGCCUUCUUCGAAGAGCGGCUCCGCGAAGGUGAGCAGGAGUACCAGGAGCAGCUCGCACUCGGCAGAGAGCUGCGCGAGCGCGAGAGGGAGCGCGAAGUACUACACUCCCCCGACCCCGAAGCCCUGCGCGACGCUUUCGUCCUCCAGCCCGCAGACGUCAGGUCCGCGCUCCAGUCCGACGACGCAAGCUCCGACGGUGGCUUCUCAGAGUCCUUGUCCAAUGUCGCCCCCUUGUCCGCCAAUCGCCGCUCCUCUCGCAUCCUCAUCGAUGACCCCGUCGAUCCCAUCAUGACCACCCUCUACGAACUCAUCGGCGUCGCCACCGACGUGACGGAGAUGACCGUCGCUCAGCUCACCGUGCAGCCCAAGAUUUGUGAAUCCCUCGUUCAAAGGGUGCAGAUCAUCGGCAAGGCCUGGGACGACCACCCGGACUGGCACGGGCGGACCUGGUACGUACAGGUCCUCCUCGCCGUGGCCAGUCUCAGCCGAGUCGUCGAAUGGUGGGAGGCCGAAAAGCAGUUUUGGAACUUUGACGACAACGACGAUGAGCAGGACGAGGCCCUUCUCUUCGUCAUGAAACCGGCCGACGAGCAGCUCCCUGCUCCGACGCCCCGCUUGUCGGUCGAGGAAGAGAACAAGCUGCGUCUCUCCCGACCCACCAGCCAGGGCAAGAAGUCCAGGGACGAUGUCGGCAGAGACCAUCUGACGCCGGUCGCCCCACCGCCCGAGCCGUCGAGGACGGCAUCCAAGACCCUCGACACCGCCGAGUCUGCGCGGGUCUUGGCGACGGAGCGUCUGCGCUUGCAAGCCGAGACGGCGCAGAAUCGCAACAUCGUCCUCGAGCUCAACCUCGAUGGCGAUCAUCUCAUGUGGGUCAACUAUGCGUGGAACAUCGUCGUCGGCUCGGAUGCCGAAGAGAUGCAGGGCACCCGCAUCUCCCGUCUUCUUCAACCUCAGGACGUCAACGUGUUUCGCGACGCCACUCAGCGCUUGCAGGACGACGAUUCUCACACCGUGGAAGUCAAAUUUCGUUUGCAGAUCGAACCCGAGGACGAGCGCGAUCUGUCGAUGGGCACUCUUUACCAGUUGAUGGAGGGCAAGGGGAUGCUCAUGAUCGACCGCGACGACGGUCGCCUGUCUCAUACUAUGUGGGUCAUGAAACCCAUCGGCCCCCCGGAGUUCUUACAGUCCUCGCCGUCCAUCGUGGUCGAGAAUAAGGAAGUCCUCGAUGAGCCGUCACCAGACGAGGCGGGGGACCGCAGCUUCGAUGACCGCACAGAGGAGCCGCCCACGCCCCUGCCGUUCGCGCGUCCGAUCAACAUGACGCCGAUCCUGUGUCGGAUCUGCGAGAACAACAUCCCGCAAUGGUACUUCGAGAAGCACAACGAAACGUGCAGUGAGACGCACAGGCUGGAGGCCGAGAUCGGCGAGUGCAACGAGUCGAUAGCGGAACUGCGCACGACUAUUCGGGACCUCGCUUGCGCCUUGGACCGCUCGUCCCCGAUCACGAUUCCGGAGUACCGCGGCAUGCCCAUCAUGUCGUCGUCGUCCCCCGGUUCGUCGUCCCCGCUUCAUCUGUUCCGCAUCAGCAAGAUGCAGCGCUUCGGCGUCAAGAAGAUGCAGCGCCGCAUCCUGGAGCAGCUCGAGGACGUCCUUCAGGUCGCCUUUGAGAUCUCGAUUCCGUCUUUGAAGGAGGAGGAGGCCAAGGAGCCCAUCGAGCGCCAACGCUUGCUUUCGCCCAGCUCGGAGCGCAAGAUCUCGCAGAUCCGGAACUGGUCCAAGCCUUCGACCCAGGACAACGCCCUCGCGCAGCUCGUGCAGGACGCGGAGAGGGUCAUGCGGCAGAAGAUCGACACGGUCGUGCGCCUGCAGAACACGAUCAGGUACUCCGAGAAGGUCAGACAGGAGUGGGAGGAGCGGGUCGAGCAGGCGCUCGGGCAGGGCGACUAUUCGGACGAGCUGGAGGGAGAGGAGGAGGGGGAGAUGCGGAGUGAGGACGGGGCGGGUGAUGGCGACGACCACUCGAGCACCACUUCGGAGUAUGCCUUCAGCGGACACGAGCACUCAUCAGAUCCUACGCCGAUGGCGUCCGCAUCGCCCAUCCCUCCGGCGACCGUGCCUGAUGGGAACGCCGUGCCCAUGUCCGUCCCCGUGCCCAUGUCGCCCGCGCCGCCGACCCCGCUCGCGUACCAGUGGCAGAGCCUCGGCACCCUCCAAACGCGAUCGUCCACACCUUCGUCUGUCUCUUCCCCUCUGGCUCUGGCAGCGCCCAUCGUCGCUUCGCCUGGCAUUGACAUCACCGCGCUUCCGCCCCCUAUGGACUUGACCGGCGCGAGCUCGAAGAUCCGCCCACGCAGCUCGCUGCAGAACAUGGAUCCCAGAUUGAUGUUGACCCCGCCUUUGUCUCCCCUGGAGUCGAGCAGCCGACGGUCCCACCGACGGCACUCCACCGCGUUCCCUGUCGUCCUGAGCCCCUCUAUCACCGCCACCUCGUCCAGCGGCGGCCCUUUGUCGCCCCGACUGCCGUCCGUCGCGCCCCUGUCCCGCACGGCGCCGACGUCCAUCAAGGACUUUGAGAUUAUAAAGCCUAUCAGCAAGGGCGCCUUUGGCUCCGUCUUCCUCGCCAGGAAGAAGGCGACCGGGGACUACUACGCCAUCAAGGUGCUCAAGAAGGCGGACAUGAUCGCGAAGAACCAGAUCACGAACGUCAAGGCGGAGCGCAUGAUCCUCAUGAAGCAGGCAGAGUCGCCGUUCGUGGCGAAGCUGUUCUUCACGUUUCAAAGCAAGGAGAACUUGUAUCUCGUGAUGGAGUACCUCAACGGUGGGGACUGUGCUGCGCUUAUCAAGUCUCUGGGUGCGUUGCCCGAGGAGUGGACGAAGCAGUAUAUCGCAGAAGUCGUCCUUGGUCUGGAGUACCUCCACCAGCGCGGGAUCGUGCAUCGUGACCUCAAGCCUGACAACCUGCUCAUCGACCAGCAUGGACACUUGAAGCUCACGGACUUUGGGUUGAGCAGGAUCGGUUUGCUCGGACGUCAGACGCGCGAAGGACAGGUCGUGACCUCCGACAGAGGAAUGCGCUCUCGGACACGCUACAGUCCCCAUUCCCGCCCUCCCUCGAUGGACUCGGCCUAUCUGUCAUCCCCGCUUAUUCCAGCCGACAUCAUGGGUGUAGGUUCGUACUUCAGUCAGCUGCCAGCUCCGGUAUAUCGCCCCGGGACAGCCUCAUAUCUCUCCUCCACAGACGACGUCAGUGAAUCCAGCGGCUCCGAUUCUUUCUUCUCUCGCCGUAACGGGAACCAGAUGAACGACAGCCCCUUGCAGUCUUUUGCUACCGAGCUGACGACCGAUCUCCGUUCGCAUUCUACGCCGGGCAGCGGCACGCCUCCUAGUGAGCAGAAGUUUGUGGGGACCCCGGACUAUCUCGCCCCGGAGACCAUCCUUGGAUUGAGAGGCAAUGACGCGGCGGUCGAUUGGUGGGCUCUAGGAGUCAUCACAUACGAAUUCCUCUAUGGCAUGCCUCCGUUCCACGAGGAGACGCCGGAGAAAGUAUUCGAGAAUAUAUUGUCCGGGCAGAUUGACUGGAUGGAGGAAUACGUCGACUAUACUAUGGAGGCCAAGGACUUUAUGCAGCGGCUGCUGACUCUUGACCCGUCACGCCGACUGGGGGCGAACGGAGCGGAAGAAGCCAAGAGCCAUCCUUGGUUUGCGGGCAUUGAAUGGGACAAGGUGACCACGACCGAAGCGGCGUUCAUUCCUCAAGUGACCGAUCCCGAGUCCACGGACUACUUCGACCCGCGGGGCGCCAUCCUUCAACUCUUUGACGAGGAGCAUAUAUUGUCGAGCGGCACCGAUCACGGGCAGACAGGCGGCCUCGACGUCGCGCACUCCGAUGCGGUGCCGAUGCCCAAGGGUCGGGAGGCGGCCACGCCCCCAGAUGACGACUUUGGGACGUUCAGCUUCAAGAACCUGCCCGUGCUGAAGCAGGCGAACGAUGACAUGAUUCGCAAGCUCAGGACGGAUCAGAUGGCCCCCCUAACGCACACGCUGUCAGACCCUGCCGCGUCGCACGUCCGCAGACAGAGCAUCUCGCACCGGAACAAGAAACCGCCUUCCAGCGUGGUCACGACCUUCGACGGUAAUGGCAGGCCGUCGACCAACCCGCCGUCCCCGGCAACCUCCACCUCGUCGAUUGCGUCCUCCCCUUCUCGGGGCAGCAUACCGCCCUCCACGCCUGGGAGUGUCGCGGGUCAUAUCAGGAAGCCGUCCGAAUACGGCGCCGUCGAGCGGUUCAAGCUCAAUCACAUGGACGCGGACGGGAAUCGUCGCAAUUCGAUGCCCAGUAGACUGCGCACCGCUUCCGUGUCUUCCAGCAUGGGAGACGGGUCCGUCUCAGACGCGUGGCCUCCUUCCGUGGGUCAGGCGUCGACCCAAUUCGAGGUCAACACGCCGCCGUCGUCGGUCGCGUCUAUCGACCUGAGACGAGGGCCGGACCCCAACGACCGUGCCGUGACGUGCCUCUUGGCCGAAGACAACCCCAUCACUGCUAAAAUCAUCGAGACCCUGCUCAUAAGGCUGGGAUGUCGAUGUGUCGUGGUUGCGGACGGGUCGGAAGCCAUCAGCGUCGCCAUGGGCGAUAUCAAAUUUGACUGCAUACUGAUGGACUUACACAUGCCGGUCGUCGAUGGCGAGAGCGCUGCUCGGUAUAUCAAAAGUACUAAUAACAAGAACACGAGCACUCCGAUCAUCGCCGUGAGCGCGUACAGCGGCAUCGACAACAACGACGCGAGCAAUUUGUUCGCGGCCUCGCUCGCGAAGCCUUUGCAGAAAGCCAGUCUGCUGGCGGCCAUGCGCCAGCUCGGGUUCAAGACAUCGACCGCACCCGAAUCGGCCCAUGGGACCGGCAAAACAUUGACCACGCGAUGACAUUACGAUUAACGACACUCCUUCCUCAACUGCGCAUCUGUUUUUUUUUUCUUUAUGUUUUUUUCUCUCUCUCUCUUUCUCUCUCCCUAUGGAUUUCAAUGUCUAUUUCACGCUCUGCAACACUCUCAUCUUCGUUCCUCUCUCUCUCACUCUCUCACUAUGGUUUUUUUUUGUCAUAUCAGCAUCAAUCACAUUUCUUUUUCUCAGCAUCCCAAUCCCCCCUUGCCCUCUGCCCACCACGCCACCCCUUCUGCCGUCAAUCGUCCUCCACCGUCACCCCCACCUCGCAUCGCUCACCUGCAUUGUACGCUAGAAAUUAUCGAGACACAUUUAGUGCGUGCGCUAUUUGCCUGUACACAAUUCCAUCUUUUCAGCGUUGAACCG